UCCAUCAACCGUCAGCAGAAUGAUGGAAACCUUCGGAGCAUAAAUCAGAUAUAAAGGAACGACUGGGUCGAACCUCCGACAAUGACUGUACAAGCUAGACUCUAAAUUUGAGGCCGCCAUUCCCACCUGUCGUCACGACGGGCAUCCUCAAAUUACAGAUUUGAAAACCCUCACUUAGUCUCCAUCCACCGGGCAUCAUGGCAAACCCGGCACCACAGAAUAUAGCACAACUGCAGGCUCCGGCUAGGACGGAGCUGCAGGCGUGGCUCGCGGCGAGAUUCAGCACCAUCGCAACUCACGUGGCAGCUGGCAGUGCCAUCAACCUCCUAUACACCAUUGUUCCACCGCCGGCCAACGCCACCUUGACUGCAUACAACUGCCUGGCGCACGCAGUGGGUGUCACCGACGAAGUGUUCAACUUUCAGACUUGGGAAGAUAUCGACCAGCGUUAUGCCAACAUGGGAUACUUGAUUCCCUCGCCGGCGAAGCUUUUGGCAACCCCUACUGCGGACGGAGAUGUCGAGGUUUAUUCCAAACCCCAAUGGGGGCCCCUCCACGCCCACCGCGUCGUCACGGCAAACGUGGCCAACAUCAACAACAGCGUCUGCCACUCCAAAAUGGGAGCUGACCGCACCCUGCAGCACAACCGAUCGCUUCUCGACUGCGCGCGGCCGGGCCAGGCGGCCGGUACCAUGCCGUACUUUGGCCGCAUCGUGUCACUGUACCGCUACGACGACGACAACGAGAAGGAAGGUAAGUUUCCAACACCCAAUAAUUACCCCUUCUUUUACCUAACUUUUAACAUCUAUAAUUAUCCUACCCACCCAUCCAACCCAGUCAUCACCAAAGUCUCCCGAACCCGCGUCAAGCGCAAGGACGCCGUGUUCACGCGCUCCGGCAACCCCGUGCUGCACAAGCAGGCCGAGCGCACCGAGUCGCGGCGCGCCCACCGGAAGAAGCCGUACGCCGGGCCCGCCGACAAGAGCGAAACUACCGCCACUGCCGCCAACGGCCACGCUAACGGCCACGGCAACGUGCUGCAGCCGCGCGACGUCAACAAGCAGACGCUGCCGGCUCUGACCAGGAAGUGAGGGUUUUCACGAGUAGGCUGUUGGCUGUGGGUUGGCGGAUUGGUGAUGGAGAUGGCGAUGGCGGGGGGAAAGUGUGCGUGCUGGUCAUGCACCGCUGAUUAUAUGUCUGUUGUUGCUUACCUCCUUAGCGGCAGUGGCAGGGUUUUAUGUAAUU